GCUCYCCUCCCCGCGCUCCCCCUCGGCGCUGCCCGCCAUGUUCGCGGAGCUGAACGAGCUGCUCGGGGCYUCCCCGGAGCGCCCGGACGCGGGUAAAUUCACGCUGCUGCGAGAUACCCGGACAGAUGGYAGCUUCUUGGUGCACCACUUCCUCUCCUUCUACCUCAGAGCUGGCUGCAAGGUUUGCUUUGUGGCUCUGCUCCAGUCCUUCAGCCACUACAACAUCGUGGCGCAGAAACUGGGAGUCAGUCUGGCAGCUGCCAAGGAACGGGGACAGCUUGUCUUCCUGGAGGGUCUCAAGUCCUGCCUUGACCUCCUGUUUGGGGAGGAGGAGCAGCCAGGACAGCCCAUUCCUCUGCAGUUUCUGAGUGGGAGCACCUCUGAUCUCAGAGCCUUGUUUGAUUUUGUCCGGGUGUCCCUGACUCCCRUGGACGGUGAUUCCUGGAAAGGCCCCGUGCUGCUGGUGGAUGACCUCAGUGUCCUGCUGAGCCUGGGGGCUGCACCAGUGGCUGUGCUGGACUUCAUCCAUUACUGUCGCAUGUCUGUGUGCUACCAGCUGAAGGGGAACAUCGUGGUGCUGGUUCAUAGCAACGAGGAUGCRGAAGAUGAGGAGAAUGAACUGGUUGUGAACUCCCUGUGUCAUCACAGUGACCUCAUCCUGUGGGCAGAGGGGCUGGCCACYGGCUUCUGCAAGGAUGUUCAUGGGCAGAUUAAGAUAAUCAAGAGAUUGUCCUUGCGGCAGGCGGCGGAGCAGGAUCUGGUGCAGAUCUACCAGUACAAGAUCCAGGACCGGAAUGUCACCUUUUUUGCCAGGGGGCUGUCAGCUGCAGUCCUGUGACAUUGUGACGGUGCAGCGUGAGUCUGGGGAUGUCAGUCCCUGCCUCCACACCAGCCUGGCAGCUCCACCAGCACCUUCCAGGAGCAGCACAGCAAACUGAGCUGGGAAGGAAACUCAGACAUACCUGGAAGUGGUGCCAACGUGGGAUCAGCUUGCCCAUCGCCUUCUGCAUCCUUUUGUCCUCCCACCCUGUUCCCAACAUGCUCAGGCCAAGAAAGAGAGCAAGAACUUGCAAGAAUAGCCCUUGGAGCAUGUAAAUACAGGCAGAGGGGUGUCCUGCAGGUGGGGUGUGCCUCACCUCACCUUUUCCGGUGUGCUUGGCAUGGCAUGGCAGUGCCAGGCACUGCAUGGAGGGAGCAGCCCCUCCCUCUUGCUGGCACGGGAGGAGAUGACACAGAGUGGGUGGAGCAGGGAUGAUCUGGGAGCCUGGCGCAAUCCUCUCCUUGCUCCCAGCUGUCUGGCAGAGAUUUGCCCAGCUCCAGUUUCCAUGCUGUUGGUGAAUCUGUAGCUCCAUGUGUAGCCCCUCACCUGGCUGUGCUGAGACCUGGGCACUGCCUUGAUUGGCUUAUCUGCUGCGGCUUCUCAAGCUCAUCCUUGGCUUUGGGGUUGGAUAAACCCCUGUCCCUGAGCCUCUGUCUCAGCCACUGCUUCCUCAUCCCAGACCCUGACUAGCAGUUACAUGACCUGCCUGUACUGAAGCUUUUUAUUUUUUUUUAAUAAUAAUCCCUAAUUUUAGUGAGAUAAGGAUACAGUGAUUAAGUAAGCKUGGAUCUCUGGGUGGGAACUGCUCCCCACUGGUUUCUUGGUAGGGGGCAGGAAUGRGCAUCUCCCCACUCUGGAUGAGGAGAGGGCCCUCCCCAUGGCUGCAGGGGCAAUCCUGGAAGCAGAGYUCAGGCCUGAAGGUCUCCUGGUAGAUGCUUCUGCUGAGAUAUCCCAUUUAUCCUGGGAGAUAAAUUACAUCCUCCACACUUGUGAGAGUCUUGAUUAACCCGCCAGGUCCUUGCAGCUCCAGAGCUGGGGUAGCAACUCUGGCAGUGGGACACAUUCCUACUUUUUCCAUGUAGACUCAGUGACCCAUCCCAUGCUGGUUUGGGAAUGUGCUCUUUGCCUUAUAAUUUUGGGAGCCCUGGCAUGUUCAGGGCUCUAGCUGCUGCUUGAUGACAGCCCAGGGAAGCCAGGCAGGCUCCAAGAAUUGUGGCAAAACCACAGGGAACUCAGGAGGGGAAUCAGGUCGUGUGUGUGCUCUAGGAUCACUUGUCCCUGGUGUCCCCUGGGUGUUUCCAUGCUCUCCCGUGGAAGUGGCAGUGCCCACUGCCUGGCUGCUGGCUCAGUGUGGUGGCAGUGCCCAAGGGGCAAUGCACUGUUGCAGUCUGCACAGGGAGGAUAAGAGGACCAGUAGCUGCUGGCACUGCAGCUGCUUAAAUUGCAGCUGUGAUGGGCAUAGAAUGGUGUAUAAUUGGAGUAAUAUGUGUAUAAUURUCCUUGGAGAGAUGCCAGAGCCUAGCUCCCGAUCUCUGCCUCCCUCAUCUGAAACUAGCGGGGACACUGCGUGAUACAAUGUGUGACAUCACUGCUGGCUUGUGCCUGGUUCUUUCUACMCUUAACCAGUGCCUGUAUCCAAUUAAUGGUCUGGGGAGCCUCUGCCUGACACUUCCCAUGUCCCCAUGCAGGGGAUGUUCCYUGGUAUCCCUUUGGAAUGAGCCACKGUGCCCAUGCCAUGCAGYGGUGAGAGCUUGGACAGGGAGAUUUCCCCCUGGAAAAGGGAGGUGAAACCUGUGGUGGCURCUCAGUGCAAGACCAAACACAGCAUUCCCAGUACUUCUGCCAAUUGUCCAGGGGUGGCCUUGGCCAUCAGGACACGAUGGGGGCAGUUGUGCCGAUCCAAGGCCAUGAGCACAGCUGUGACCSAGCUGAGGCCUCACUCCAGAGCUGACGCUGCGGGAGGGCAGCCAGAGAGUGGAUGUCAGGAAUGAUGCCAUCGAUGGCAGGACAGGAUGGCCUUGCCCAGGGUCAGCCACCUGCUGUGUGCUCAGGGCUGCUGCCAUGGGCAGUGUUUGUGUGCCAGCCACAGCUUGGGCAAUCCUGAAGAAUCUUGUGGGAUAGGGCCUGAGGGUUCAGCUCUCCAUUCCCUUGGCCUYGAAGGGAGCUGCAAACGGGAAGUCCCACCAAGGCUGGGGCUGGUGAGAUGAGGGUGCAGGUCCCUGGGAGAAGGGGAUGGGUUAUAUUGGGAAAGGCUGCCAGCAGCAGGGUCGGCUAGAAAGUGUCAGUCUGACAGCUGCAAGAAGGGCCCUGUAAAAGCUGUUUUGGGUGUAGUCAGCCUCAGUACUGGAGAUGAAGGAGCAGGGAAUGUGCUUUACAGCAUCCCACCCCAUGCCAGCAUCGUGCUGGCAAGAGAGCAGGGRCACUGYUGGAGAAGGAAAGAUCC